GAUGAGAGAGGACCAAGGAUUGAGAAGCCACGUCUUGAGAGGGCUAGAGUUGAGAAACCACGAUCUGAUAGGCCAAGAGCUGAGAGACUUGUUCAAGCCCCUUGUGUGCUUGAUGAAGAGAGCCUUCAAGCUUUGUUUGAUGAGCCACUAGGAAGGGCUCUACAAGAAGGGGAGGAUGCAGCCUCUAAGGCAAGACCAGGAGAUAAAAGAAAGGAUCCACCAGCUCAGGCCCCUUCAGUCAAGCCAUCUCAGCUCACAAUGACCUUGUUCCCCACCAAGUUUGAAAAUGGGAAGAUUGAGUACAAGAUAAGGUACAAGGGGAGAUCAAGGCCAUUCUCUAGAGCCAAGGCCUUGGUGACUUCAGAACAGUCCAGGGACCCAACCAAGCUAAAGGAGCUUCUGUCUCAAGUCCUCACUAUCACCCUUGAUGGUGGGACUAGCUCAACCAAUGCCUAA